AUGGAGGAUCGGUGGAUUGGGUUAAUACUCGCCGUGCUGGGCAACUCAGCCAUCGGAUCCAGCUUCAUCAUAAUCAAAAUGGUAUGUAGCGACGUUGGCUUGAACGCGGCGGCGGAACGAGCAGGACACAGUAACGCAUCUGAUAAAUACGUAUACCUAAGAAAUCCAUUAUGGUGGUUGGGGAUGACGACGAUGAUUUCGGGAGAAUUGAUGAACUUCGCUGCAUAUGCAUUCGCCCCUCCAAUACUAGUCACCCCUCUGGGAGCACUCAGCGUGAUCAUAGGAGCGGUUCUUGCUUCAAUCUUCCUGCAGGAAGAGCUCGGCCACCUCGGUGUGGUAGCAUGCACAUUAUGUUUGCUCGGAUCCCUCAUAAUCGUAUUACACGCUCCGGCGGACAAAGAUAUCCAAACAGUCGAUGAGAUCUUGCAUUAUGCUCUGCAGCCAGCCUUCCUCUUAUAUUGCCUCAUCGUUCUGAUUGUCAGCGUCGUCUUCAUCUACGUCUUGGCACCCAAAUAUGGCAAGAAGAGCCCAAUUAUAUACCUCACUAUAUGCUCGCUCGUUGGUUCAGUGUCAGUUAUGGGCAUCAAAGGAUUCGGUAUCGCGCUCAAGCUCACAUUCGCUGGCAACAACCAGCUCACACACCCCAGCACAUACGUAUUUGGCAUUGUCGUUGUUCUGUCAAUCUUGGUGCAGAUGAACUACUUCAACAAGGCAUUGGAUAUCUUCUCGACCAACGUCGUCAACCCCAUCUACUACGUCGGCUUUUCUACAGCCGUUAUUCUCGCCUCCAUCAUAUUAUUCCAAGGGUUCAAUACCGGCGAUGGUGUCAGUAUUGCAUCUCUCAUCGUUGGCUUUCUGAUCACCUUCCUUGGCGUUCAUCUCCUGAACAUGAACCACAAGCCCGACUUCCCAGAUCCAGAUCAACCACAUGUGCCGCUGGAGCAUGGCCUGAUGAAUCCUCGACUCAGCAUAUCAGGCCGCAUGUCAAUAGACUCUCCUCGGACGACCGAGUGGACACCGCAUCAUACCCACCGAGGAGGUUCAGGUUAUCGAAUGCAUAACGGAGGGUCAGCGAGUGGAUCAGGCUGGGGUAUUGGUAAUGGUAAUAUCACGCAAGAGCCGGAUAUUAGCCUGGACGAAGUACGAGAAGAGGAGGAAGAAGAAUUUGAGGGAGACGAGACUACGCGGUUGACGGGGAAGGGUCGGAGGAGAGAAGAGCGAAGGAAGUCAAUCGAGGCGGGGGAUCUCGAGGCCGCUGUUGGCUCACCACAUACCCAAUCGAACGGUCGGACAAAUGUAGGACGAAUAUAGCACCACUGUAGUUCGCUGCCGGCCGGCGAUCUGUAUACCUAUAUGGACUUUUC